ACGAUGCGGCCCCGGAACCUGGUCGGGAGACUCCGCCUGGGCCGCCCCAGUCACUCCCCCGUGAGGCGGUGCACGACCCAAGGCCGGGUCAGUCAAACGCGACCCCCGGAGCUGGGGCGAGGGACAAAAACCCGCACGUAACGACUGCGCCAGACAGUAUCCUGAGCGAGGCCAGCCCUGGGUGCCGCAUAGGGCGGGGGACGUCCCGGAGCCUGGUUGCUGCAGCACCGACGAGCGGAUCGGGGCCCGGGCCCGCCACGCCCUGCGCUGGGGCGUGUCCCGGGAAAGGAGCCCUGUCCGUGACGGGGCGGCGCAGGGAAGCAGAGUCCCGAACCUGCGCACCCCUGAGUUCUACAGCGUGCGCCUGUGCCGACAGAAACUGCGUUCGCUCUGUGCGGCUCCGGGCGAGGCCUCAGCCCCGCGGAGCCCCCGGGUGCAGCGGCCGGAGCGGGAGUUAUGUAAGCGCCGCCGCGCCCGCCGGGAGCUGUAGUCGUGCGGGCGCCCUGCCUGCCACGCUCCCCAGCGGGGGCUCGCCCCGCCCCCCGCCUCUCUGCCGCGAAGCAUGCUGGGGCUGUAGUCCGUGGGGCGGGCCGGGCCGUUCCCCGCGGUCCCGCCCGGACUACCGCUCCCGGCGUGCUCCGCGCGCGCAGGCGCAGGGCGCGGCGUCGGUCCCUGGUAAACAGAGCGGCGCAGCGGUGGCGGGGCCUGGGUUUCACAAAGGGGUCGAUGCGCGGUGACAGAGCGGCUUAGACUUAGCGGCGGCCCUAGAACGGGUGCCUAUGGCGGAAGCGGGCUGCCCUGCUGGCGCUUCUGCGGCGAGUCCAGACAUCGACCCCGACUUCGAGCCUCAGAGCCGGCCGCGCUCCUGCACCUGGCCGCUGCCGCGGCCUGAGCUGCCGGCGGAGGCGGAUGGCGCGGCGGGCGCGGCAGAAGAGGGUGCAGGAGGCGCGCCGGUGGGGCCCGGGCGGGCCGAGGGGGCGCGGGCGAGCGGCGCGGCGGCGCGAAAGGGCGGUUCCCGGCGCAAUGCCUGGGGCAACCAGUCCUACGCCGAGCUCAUCAGCCAGGCCAUCGAGAGCGCCCCCGAGAAGCGGCUUACGCUGGCACAGAUCUACGAGUGGAUGGUCCGCUCCGUCCCCUACUUCAAGGACAAGGGCGACAGCAACAGCUCCGCCGGCUGGAAGAACUCUAUUAGACAUAACCUGUCCCUGCACAGCAAGUUUAUUAAAGUCCAUAAUGAAGCCACAGGGAAGAGCUCUUGGUGGAUGCUCAAUCCUGAGGGUGGUAAAAGUGGCAAAGCACCAAGGCGGAGAGCUGCCUCCAUGGACAACAGCAGCAGGCUGGCCAAAGUCAGGGGUAAAGCAUCCAAAAAGAAGCCUCCUCUCCAUGCUGCUUCAGAAUCCACUGCUGACAGUCCUGGCUCCCAGUUUCCUAAGUGGCCUGGGAGCCCAUCCUCCAGAAGUACUGAGGACUCAGAGGUGUGGAACACGUUCCGGCCACGCACCAGCUCCAACGCCAGCACCAUCAGUGCCAGGCUCUCCCCUAUCCUGCCGGAGCAGGACGACCUCCACGACGAGGAGCUUCUUCCUCCUCUGGUGUAUUCCAGUGCAUCUAGCAACGUCCCACCGACUGUGACUGAGGAGCUUGAGCUCAUCGAUGGCUUAAAUUUGAUGUCUUCCAGCUCAUCUGUGUUAUCUACCCAGCAGUCUGCCUCGGGUACUCAGAUCCAGAGGGAUUCCAGCUUUUCCUUGCGGCGUCCAGGCACAGCUGGCCAGGGCACUACUUUUGGCAACUCCCUGUUCAACCCUGUUGAUAUCUCACUGCAAAGCUCUGUCAGCCAUUUCUCAGCAUCUCAGACCUUGGAAGCUCUUCUGACCCCCAGCUCCCCACCUCCAAGGGAUGUUCUGAUGACUCAGGUGGAUCCAGUUCUGCCACAGAGUGGUAGCAGGAUGAGCAGCAGCCGCACUCUGCUGCUGCUGGGGGGGCAGGCCAGCCAGGGUAAGAUGAGCUCGGGCAGUCCUCGAGGGAAGCCUACAGAGCAGCAGGCAGAACCAGUCAGUGCCAGCGUUUUGCCAACACUUCCCACAGUGAUGUCUCAAAGCACUGCCAGCAUCACCAGUUUGAAGGCUCCAGUUUCUGCAGCAGCUGCCCAGUCGGUCCAGCUGGGCAGUCCACUGCUGCUUUCUUCCACUAGCCCUGCUCCCUUGGGAUUGAACCAGGACAGGCUGCCCAUUGACCUGGACAUUGACAUGUACAUGGAGAACCUUGAAUGUGAUAUGGAUUACAUAAUCAACAGUGAACUCAUGGAUGGAGAAGGACUGGACUUUAAUUUUGAACCCAUUCUGCCUACUCCCAGCUAUCCCAGCACCUCACAGGCCUCCAACCACACCUGGGUACCAAGUUAACUUCAGGAGCACAAAAAGUGUCCUUCAGGUUUUGAACAUUGGGUUCUGACUUCACUUCCCACCCCCGGCAGAGAAAAGAAUUGGAGCGUGUUGGAUUCGGUUUCCCUGCACACCAUGCCUUGGGCAGAAGGAGCUGCCCACCUGAGAAGAUGUGGCAACCCGCAUCUGGCUGCAGCAGGAGGAGAUUCAGAAUCGCCCUGUUCUGUGCCAUGGCUCUUCCCACACACCUGACCCUGCCUUGGAGCACCUGGAGCACAUGUGGGCUGUGCGUGGCCUGAGAGGAGCCCUGGUGAAAGCCUCAGCCAGAAGACUGUGCCAGGAAAUGGCGGUGCCCCAUGGGAAGAGUCGGAUUUCCAGUUGGCAUCUCUCAGUGCUGUCCUCUCUCUGCUAUGGCAGAAAGGCUCCUGGUGCCUUGAACUGGGCAGGGCUGGCUGUGCCCUGGCGGGGCUGCCCUCGGGGCAGCUUUUGGGUCUUCCACCGAGCUAUCAGAUGUGCACCUGGUGUCCCACGGACUCACGGAGGGGUCGGAAGGAGCUCAUUGGUGGAAGACCUGUGUGGAAGGGGUGUGCUGCUCCAGGGAGCCCCUUCCUGAGCACCCAGCCUUGUUCUGUGCGGCAGGGCAAGGGGGGGGAGGGGCAGAAGGCUUCCUCUUGGCAGCCUGACUGGAACAGGAGGCUGUUGAGUUUUUCACUGUGCCAACUGAGCCCCACUGAAUCAGAAGCACGUUUUGAGAAGUCCCUAUGCUGUUCUCAGCACUUUCCCAAUACACCAGGCUGCUGUAAAAUAAGCACAGGUGCUAAUAUCUGUUUCUGGCACAGAAAAUCUUCAUUUUGGGUUUGUUUCUGAUCAAUUUUGCUACAGCAGAGAAAUUGAAAGCCUGGGUGUGGCCUUAACAGAGCCCUGGUUGCUUUUCAGAAGGGCAUUUUCUAUAGAUUAAAUAUUUUUUUACUAAUCUGGGAACUUUCUACAGUGAAUCUGAAGCCAAUGUUAAGUGUGUCCCCAUUAGGGGCAUUAGGCAUCUCUCCUGAGGAGGAGGGUACCAGUGGCAGACUUCUGCAGAGCUGUGUGAGGGACAAGUGAGUUGGCUGUUGGAUAGCAUCUGUGGUUGAGGGGGAAGAAUUUGGAGGUCCCCAUGGUUUCCAGCCACCUCAAGGAAGAGUUGUACAUUAUUGUAACCUAUCUGUAAAAGUAGCUGCAAAUGACAUAGAAACUUUUCUAAACCUUUUAAGAUAGAUAUUUUAAUUGAAAAUGAGAUUAUUGGGUAAAAAACAAACACGCACCACCUUUGCUGCAUCUGCCCCCUGGAUGCCACAUAACACUAGGAGAUGGGAGGGAACAAGCCUGUGGCAUUUUGGGCCAAGAAGCUGAAAAUGUCGUUGGAAAAGGGGGAAAGCCACAGCAGUGCCACUGGGGAAGGGCUGCACUGGCCAGAGGAGGUGGCAGCUGCCUGUGUGGUGUGGCAUGGUGCCACAGCUGCACAGUCCCUUUCCUGGCCUGGGCAUUCCCAGACGAGAGCCUGAUGUGAGGGAAUGCUAAUCGUUACCAGCACACUCCUCGGCUAAUCCCUGCAGUAGCUACUCCGCAGGACAGAUUCCCUGGGCAGCCGAGGGGAUGAGAGGGACUGGGUGGUGCUGGAUCUGCUGACACUCUGAGGAGCCUUUCUGGGCACAAGCGCUUGGAGUUGGUGGCUCCCUUUUUGGUUUCCAAAGGUUUUUGUUUUCUUGCUGAAGCUUGGCUGGUUCUGGGGAUUUGAAGCCUGUAGGCAGAGCCCUGGGGUUGUGCCUGAAAUCUGACCUCUAUAUUCUCAAAGGACAGGAGCCAGAAAUCAAGAGAUUAGCUCAGAGCAUUAGCCAGCAUGUCCCAAAUGCUGCCUUGGUGUUUGCAGUGGCAGGGUCUGGCGGGCAUGAUGCUUUCAUGCUCUUCUGAUAGGCUUGAUCUGACAGGAAGCCUCUGCCAUGUUUCUGAAGGUGGCAGUGAAUCCUUGGAGAAGGUUUGGAUCGUGCAGAGGAAUGCCCCAUGCUAUUCUACCACCUCCUUUGCUCUCUUUUCUCAGCUUCCAUUUCGUUUUCAUUUGAGUGGAGAUUGGAACAGGAGUGGUUUGUCUGGUUACCUGCAGCAGGGAGCCUUCAACAGUCUUCCCUUGGAUCUGCUCUGCCAUUAGAGCCUUGCAAUAGUUUGAUAACCUUUGCUUUGAAGGCUGCCUUCAUGUUAGACCUCAUGCUGAUAUGGUUCACAUUUACCCAUGGUCUUUAUGUCUGUCCACACCUCACUGUAACAGAAAGACCAACCCUGGAUAUCAGUCCAGACUGGGGGUGAUGAGAUGCAGAGAAGGCCUUGGGGGUGCUGGUGGAGGAGAAGCUGGACAGGAGCCAGCAAUGGGCACUGGCAGCACAGAUGGCCAAGGGUAGCCUGGGCUGCAUCCAAGGCAGCAUGGGAAGAGAUGCGGAGAGCAGGGAUCCUGCCCCUCUGCUCUGCUCUGGAGAGACCUCACCUGCAGGGCAGGGUCCAGCUGUGGGACCUCAACACAAGAGAGACCUGCACCUGCUGGAGAGGGUCCAGAGGAGGCCACAAACAUGAUCAGAGGCUGCAGAACCUCUGCUGUGGGGACAGGCUGGGAGAGUUUGGGCUGUGCAGCCUGAAGAAGAGAAGGCUGCAGGGAGACCUUAGAACUGCAUUUCAGUACCUGAAGGGGCUCCAGGAGAGCUGGGGAGGGCCUGUGGGAAUAGCAUGAGGGCAGUGGAACUGGAGCAGGGCAGAGUUUGCUUGGGCAUCAGGAGGAGGUUGUGCACAGUGAGGAUGGUGAGACACUGGCACAGGCUGCCCAGGGCUGUGCUUGAGGCCCCGUCACUGGAGACAUUCAAGCUGUGUCCCUGUGCAGCCUGCUUUGUUUGGAGGUGUCCCUGCUGCCUGCAGGGGUUGGACAAGAUACCCUCUGAGGGUCCCUUCCAACCCGCUGCAGUCUGUGAAGCUGAGAUCCCAGGCCUCGCUGAGCUGAGUGAUAGCUGCACAGGCUCAUUGCAGCUAGUUCCUUCCACAGCUGAGCAGAGCCCCUAUCUACCAAGACCCUAUGGCAUCUACCACACAACCCACCCUCCUGGCCUGCAGCUUAUGGCUCUGCUAGCAUUUGUGUUGUGUGGCAGAUGCCAUCUUUCAGCUUGCACCCCAGGGGGAGAUAACCUGAUCCACAGAGCGAUCUGCCUGGCUGCCAGAGCAGCAGUGUGUGUGAAUCCCGAGCCAUUCCUCAUGGAAACAGCACUGGGAAGGCCAGUGUUAGUUACCCACUGCUUCAGACCUCCAGCUCCACAGUGAGCUGGGCUGUGGGGCUGCAGUGCUGCCUUCAGCCUGUCCCGAGGUGUGCAGCAGGUGCAGCGGUGCUGGGGCCUGGCCCCUCAGCACUGGGCAGUGUGCAGCUGAAGGAGCUGCAGCUCAGGGGCACAGGCUGGCUGUGGCUGGUGCCCUGCAGUGAGAGUUCCUAAGAGCAGAACUCACACUGUCCUUUAGUAAGGAGCAGGGCACUGAGCUGGGGUUCCAUUUGCUUUUUUCUUCUCCCCCAUACUCAGACUAGGCUUUUGGGGAAUCUCCUGUCCUGAGGUCAGCAAUGGAGACAGAAGCAGCUCCGGCUGGAAUGCUGCUGUACCAGUGUGCUAAUGGGCAGGUGCCCUCUGCUCAGCACAACUGGAACUGGCAGUGGUUAACAAAGUUCAGAAGACUAACAGUGCUCUGGGAGUCCUCAGUGAGCCACUGGUGCAGGCAGGGCAGCUUGGAUCAUGGAGACAGAGGGCAGGGUGCACAGGGUCUCAGCCUCUUCUCAGAUAGCUUCCUUUGCCUAAAUCAUGAGCUUCGCUCUUCUGAAAUUAGGAGAUCCUAAUGGGACUUGAGAGACUUUAAAGUUCCUCAGCUGCUGCUUGCUGCAAGGCUGUGCCUGGCAGGGGUUUGGUCAAGUCUUUUGUGUUCUUGCCUGCUGUUGGAUUCAGGAGAGGGUCUUGCUGGAUCUUCCUACAGCAUCAGCACUGCAGGUCCCACGGCAGUUUUUGUUCUUGACGAAGGACUGAGCUGGGAUUUUGAGAGCAGCUGUGAGCUGCUUAGGAAGGGAAGGGGCCAGUAACAUGUGGAGUGAUGCUUCUGGAUAAGUGCUUGAGGACAGUGGGCAGGAGAGCCUUGGCACAAAUGUCUUUAUCUGCUGAGGACUGCACUGUGAAACCCCCAUGCAGCCCUGUGCUGUGGAGGUUUGAGUGCCCAGCUCCAUGGAUCCUAGCAGGAGGCAGAUUCACCUGAGUGCAGCAAAUUGCUGGAGCCUUCUUUGUAACUUCAGCAUAAUUUACAGCAUUCCCAGCUUCCUGUGAGAGCUUGGAGCCCUUAAUUGUCCUCGUUGAAGUGUUUAAAAACACGUCAUCCCCUGCCCUGCACUGCUUGAGAGACAGCAGCUGGAUCAUCCUGGUGAGAGCAGCAAAGGCAGUGAGAGCAUUCCAGAGCCUGGGAAUACAGAGUGGGUGAGGUUUCUAUUAGAAGCAAGUAGCACUAAUCAGCUUUUCCAAAGGAAAUGCCCAGAAGGCUUUUAUAUAGAUCAUAAUUUGCUAAUUUUCUUACUUUGUUGCUUAUUUAUAGUCACAGUCAAAUGCUUCAGGGCUAAACCUUGCUGCAGGAACCUGAGUUUGGUGCCACAAGUCAGAGUGCCUUGGGAUUGGUGUCCUGGACUGCCACCAAAUAAAGUGCAAGUUUGGACCCACUGUCAAAACCCUCACAACACAUCAGUCAACUCUGGGGCAUAAGCAAGGGAUAGUCUGGGGUUUGUCUCGGUUGUAUGGCUGAAAACAUUUUUUGGUAAGUGGGGAAAAGCAGGAGAUGACUGCUGAGGCCCUGUGAGAGCUGGGGAACAUCUGGGAACCCAUCUGCACAGCUGCUGUCCUUCACACAAGGGAUUCUCUCUCUGCAGUGGUCUCCUCGUCUCCCCACACCCUGAUGCAUCUGUAAUGGAGGGACAGCAAUCUCUGCUGGAAUCCAGACUGCAUCUACCGGUGGUGUAAAGCAGGGAGAAGAGGCAGCAGAAACUGGAGGAGCUGCUGCUGGUGCGUUUAUGGCAAUGUUCUACUGUGUGUUUGCAGCUGGUGCUGUGGUGUUUGCUGUGGUGCUCCCCAAGGUGUCUCAAGAGGUUUGGCUAGGUAGAAGAUAGGUCACUGCUGAAAGGAGCUUUCUUCAUGGGGCAGUGGUGGUUCUGUGAAAGAAUGCUCCCAGCACAGCAGUCUUCAGCUGGUGCCAUCCCAGCAAGGCUUUCUGCAGAGCUAGCACAGACGCCUGCUGCACACAGGGCAGGCACCAAUAGCUGGCAGCUUCCACCUUGUGCCCCCUGCAGGCGUUUCCCCGUUUCUCACACCUUUUUACAGGAUAAAUCUCUGCUUUUGCUGGCUCCGUAACAGUGUAACUUCUGGACCAUUGCAGGCUCUUUGUUACCAUCUGUGCUAGCAAGACUGUAGAAUGUACUAGACUAGGGGGGGGAUCUUUGACAAAUAAAAAACUCUAAUCCUCUGC